UCCUCCGGCCGGAAUGGCACACCAAGCGUUCGCGCUCCAUCGGCGCACUCGAGCUAUGCAAGGAAAUCACCCAACGUAGACAACCGCCAGUCCACGUACGCAGAGCUGCUGAAUGUUCCCUAUCCACAGCCUGCGCCUGCACCCCUGACCAUUGACAACUCACAAUUGCGGAACGCGGUGGGAUCUAAUGCGUCUCUACUGAGCUCACAGAAAACUCUCGACAUGUACAGGCAGAAUGUCAAGAAGACCAGUGACUUCUCGAUACAAUACUCGUUUGCAGUAUUUCUGAUCUCCACGGCUCAGGAACAGGGCGUGGAUGUCACAGAGCCUAAGAAGAAGUCGCCGAAGCCAGGUCACAGCCCCAACGGCUCUUUUACCGGAAGCGCGGAUUCCGAUCCAAAUGAUCUGAUAAGAGAAGCACGAGCCAUCCUGCAGAAACUUGCCAACGCAGGAUACCCCUUCGCCCAGUACUACCUUGCAGAUGGAUAUGCUUCGGGCUUGUUCAGCAAAGGCAAGGAAGACUAUAAUUCUGCCUUUCCCCUGUUCGUCCUGGCCGCGAAGCAUGGUCACGCAGAGUCUGGAUAUCGGACCGGUCUGUGCUACGAGUUCGGAUGGGGUUGUCGUAAGGACCCGGCAAAAGCUGUUCAAUUUCUGCGAACCGCGGCAUCAAAGAGGCAUCCCGGCGCAAUGACAAGACUAGGAAAGGCUUGCCUUUCUGGUGAUCUGGGUGAGAAGCGCUAUCGAGAAGGCCUGAAGUGGCUCAAGUUGGCAACAGAAUCGGCAGACGCCAUGUACAACGCGGCACCGUUCCAUCUAGGAUGUCUAUACGAGACCGGAUAUGGUGAAGAUAUCUUCAAGGAUGAAGGAUACGCGGCCGAGCUGUUCACACAAGCCGCCGAUCUUGGUCACCCAGAGGCGAACUUCCGAAUGGGCGACGCAUACGAGCAUGGCAAACUCAACUGUCCGCGAGACCCGGCCUUGAGUGUGCACUUCUACACCGGGGCCGCUGAGAGAGGACACGCAGGUGCGAUGAUGGGCCUGUGCGCCUGGUACAUGGUUGGAGCCGAGCCGAUCUUGGAAAAAGAUGAGGAAGAAGCGUACGAGUGGGCACGAAGGUCCGCUGAGCUGGGCUAUGUCAAGGCCCAGUACGCAGUGGGUUAUUUCACGGAAAUGGGCAUUGGGUGCAGAAGAGAUAUUCUGGAAGCCAACGUCUGGUAUGUCAAGGCCGCAGACGCAGGGGAUGACCGAGCGAAGCAGAGAUUGAAUGCUAUUCGGGCGGCAGCGAGUGGUGGGACGCCGAUGGAUGUUGCGCCUCCGAAGAAUCCCAAUCUGAAAAAGAGAGCUGGGGCAAAGGACGAGAGCUGUGUGGUAAUGUGACGGGAAAAAGGGUCCAAGGGUACGACACCGACACAGUCAUCACUGUUGACUGCUGACACGAGAUGGGGGUCAAUUCUGCUGCCGCUGUUCGCAGGCCGGCUGCUGCGCGUGUGGAACACUGCUGGCGCAUUUUCAUGUUCGUUCUUUAAGGUUUGGUGUUGGAAAAAGGGGGGUGGCCACGAUCGAUUGCAUAGCUUCAAGACGGCAUGUUGAACAGGACUGAUAAACAUGGCAAAUUUAUGUGCAUUAUCUUUUUCUCUUG